GUGAUUUGCCUGCCUUGGCUUCUCAAACUGCUGGGAUUAUAGGCAUGAGCUGCUGUGUCCAGCCUUCAGUUAUUUUCUUACUGGUUGCUGUAUUCAUUCAGUAGGGCUGCCAAAACAAAGUACCACAGAUUUGGUGGUUUAAAACAAUAGAACUGUGUUGUCUCUGUGGUGGAAGCUAGAAGUGGAGGUGCUUCCUCUGAAACCUUUACGGGAGGAUCUUCCCUGCCUCUUCUGGCUUCUGGUGGUUGCUGCAGUCCCUGGUAUUCCUUGGCUUGAAGAUACCUCACUCCAGUCUCCGACUGUGUCGUCACAUGGCUGUCUCCUCCCUGUGUGUCUCCAUGUUCUCCUCUAAGAACAUCAGUGUCCUUGGAUUAGCGUGCUUCCUACCCCAGUAUGACCUCUUCUCACUUGAUUUUAUUUGCAGUGAUUCUGUUUCCAAAUAACAUCAUGUCACAGUUUACUUUAUCCAAAUGCAUGGAUGCUGUGAUGGUACUGGGAAAUUCUCAUUUAUUCAUGAAUCGUUCCAACAAACUUGCUGUGAUAGCAAGUCACAUUCAAGAAAGCCGGUUCUUAUAUCCUGGAAAGAAUGGCAGACUUGGAGACUUCUUCGGAGACCCUGGCAACCCUCCUCCUGAAUUUAAUCCCUCUGGGAGUAAAGAUGGAAAAUACGAACUUUUAACCUCAGCAAAUGAAGUUAUUGCUGAAGAGAUUAAAGAUCUAAUGACCAAAAGUGACAUAAAGGGUCAACAUACAGAAACUCUGCUGGCAGGAUCCCUGGCCAAAGCCCUUUGCUACAUUCAUAGAAUGAACAAGGAAAUUAAAGAUAAUCAGGAAAUGAAAUCAAGGAUAUUGGUGAUUAAGGCUGCAGAAGACAGUGCGUUGCAGUAUAUGAACUUCAUGAAUGUCAUCUUCGCAGCACAGAAACAGAAUAUUUUGAUUGAUGCCUGUGUUUUAGACUCCGAUUCAGGGCUCCUCCAACAGGCUUGUGACAUCACAGGAGGACUGUACCUAAAGGUGCCCCAGAUGCCAUCCCUUUUGCAGUACUUGCUGUGGGUGUUUCUUCCCGAUCAAGAUCAGAGAUCUCAGUUAAUCCUGCCACCCCCAGUUCAUGUUGACUACAGGGCUGCUUGCUUCUGUCAUCGAAAUCUCAUUGAAAUUGGUUAUGUCUGUUCUGUGUGUUUGUCAAUAUUCUGCAAUUUCAGCCCCAUUUGUACUACCUGCGAGUAAGUACCUUUGAGAUUGUGUGGGUGACUCAUACUUCACAGCUCUAGAACAUUAAAAAAU